CCCCGGCCUGAUGCGUCGUCAUGAUAGGCUGGUUAGCUUAGCUCGAUCUCCCAGUCUCCCCCAUCAUCCUCCCCCGGCUAGCCAGCUCGGUGGCUAUAUUACAGGGACAGCUCCCCUUCCCCUCGCCGGCCGGCCGUCGCGUUCUCGACGAAGCCGUACGCACUCGCGGUACAUAUUGGCUCGCCGGAGUAGCUAGCUAGCUAGCUAGUUAGGUAGUCAUGGAUCAGCUGGCCGUCGUCGGCGUGGCGCGGGCGUCCAGCCCGGCGGCGGCGCACGUCGCGUACAAGAUCCCCGCCGGCGACGGGCCGUACGCGCGGGCCAAGCACUACCAGCUGGUGGAGAAGGACCUGGACGCGUCCAUCGCGUGGUUCUGGAAGGCGAUCAACUCCGGCGACAAGGUGGACAGCGCGCUCAAGGACAUGGCCGUCGUCAUGAAGCAGCGCGGAUACCUGGCCGACGCCAUCGACGCCAUCAAGUCGCUCAGACACCUUUGCCCCAAGCAGUCGCAGGAGUCGCUCGACAACAUCCUCCUCGACCUCUACAAGGCGAGCGGGAGGACGAAGGAGGAGAUCGAGCUGCUGAAGCAGAAGCUGCGGAAGAUCUACCUCGGCGAGGCGUUCCACGGGAAGACGACGAAGCGGGCGAGGUCGCACGGCCGCAAGAUCCACGUCUCCGUCAAGCAGGAGACGUCGCGGGUGCUGGGGAACCUCGCGUGGGCGUACAUGCAGCAGCGCAACUUCAUGGCGGCGGAGGUGGUGUACCGGAAGGCGCAGAUGAUCGACCCGGACGACAACAAGGCGUGCAACCUCGCGCUCUGCCUCAUCGAGCAGCGCCGCCCCGCCGACGCCGAGGCCGUCCUCGCCGACGUGCUCGCCGGGAGGUACCGCUCCCAGCACGACCACCACCAGCCGCAGCCGCCACCGCAGCACGGCGCCGGCAACAAGAUCUUCUCCAAGGUGGAGGAGCUGAUGGCCCGGAUCAUCGUCAGCAGCAACGGCAGCGUCGUCGAGGGCGGCAGCAGCUCCGACGAGGACCGCGACGUGGAGGACGAGAUGGUGGAGCUGCUCGACGAGGUGGUGCGGCAGUGGGCGGCGCCGUACAGGAGGAGCAACCGGAGGCUGCCGGUCUUCGAGGAGAUCACUCCCGUCUGCAGGGAGCAGAUGGCAGCUUGCUAGCUAGCUUAGCUAGAACAUAUAUAGAUACAAUUUUCAUGCUGCUGCUGGUGCAUCAGACUAAGCAUGGAGUUUCUGUGAAAUUAAUCGUGCCAUUAGUAUAGAACAGAAGUGAUUUUGUGAGUGUCAGCACAAGUGCAUGCAUGGUUUUCCUUUUAGAUGUGUUGUUAUGUACAGACUACUGUGGAUAAGUGUUCAUGGUUUGGUGAAGGAUGUUAAUUAAUAUGUGUACAUAAAUGUAUUUACUCCUCC